AUUCAGAGCUAGAUAGGCUUCCCCCGAGCCACCCCGCUCUGUACCGAUUCGCCACCACCGCAGUGGGAGAAGGCCUGGGGCUGCUGGCAGUAGCUCUCGGCUUUCUCCGCUCUGAAAUCCGAAAUUGGCUCGGAGAGAGAUUCAGGCGGAGACUCAUUGGGAAACAAGGAGUCAAGGAGCAGAGAAUCCAGAGAGACACACACUGAGAGACCAUCUAAUCACAGAAAUCAAAUAUUACUUUUUUUUGCUGUUCAAGUGCGAGUGCUAAAAAAGAGAAAAAGAAAACAAAAACCAAAGAAACACCCAAAACAAAGUGAUAUAAUCUUGAAUAGACCGAAACUAAGCCGAUGAAAAUAGUGAAUUUGCGGUGCCAACUUAGCUGGGGGCAAGUAAGCAGCGGAACUGCGCAGAAUCAGUGAGAAAGUUGCUGGGAAAGUGCGCAGAAGCCCAGUGACGACGUCGUGGUUACGAGACCUUUUCCAUCGGCGGAGGCAGAGACCGAGGGGUGGGUGGACCUGCGUAGGAGCUGCCAAGAGCAGAGGACACGGACAACUGACAUGGGACCCAACGGCUGCAGCUGACAGGUUUUCCAGGCGAAAAGACAGCGGCUGUACGACAGGGACUCAGCUCCUAAAUAACAUAGUUUACCGAAUAUAUUUUCCGUUUCGAGGCAAUGCCAUCUCAAGACCCCUAGAACCAGCGAGUGGGUACAUUAGGACAGAUAGCAGCGAGUGCUCUCUCAGGUUUUCCUUUUCACAUUUCCCCCUCCAUCUUAGAUUCUCUUCUACUACGUUCCACAAUAAAAUACUACGACCACACACACAUACACACACACAUAAACACACUGAGAAACAGAGAAACACACGCACAGAGUUUUCCGAGUUGACAUUUUCCGUGCAUAGUUUUUGGGGCAACAGAGAAAGGACGAAAGCGAUUCGCGGAAGAACAGGCAUGGCCAGCUAACUUGGGCACCGCAAAUCAAACGAAAUCGGAGUACGAACCUCAUAACGCAGAAAUCAGAAAUCAGAAAACAGAAAACAGAAAAUAGCAAACAGAGGGCACAGUUUCGAAUCGCUUAUUAAUGAAAUUUUCUUGUGUUUUCGAUUUCUUGUUGCUGCUGCCGUCGUCUGUCUAUGCAGCAAAGUGUUAAACGAACAAGCCAACAAACCAAACACAAUUAACCAGAAUCAGAACUCGAAUCGGAAUCAGAAGCAAGUCAUUCGAGCCGCAGAAGCAGCUAAAUCCAGAGCCACUCUGAGACUCUCAGCCAGGAGACAGGAAAAAGGAGUCAAGCAGCUGAAAGGAGUGCGAACAAUGUGCGCCGCGCUGCGUCGUAAUUUGUUGCUGCGGAGCCUCUGGGUCGUCCUGGCCAUUGGCACCGCUCAGGUUCAGGCCGCAUCGCCGCGAUGGGAGCCCCAGAUAGCCGUACUCUGCGAGGCCGGACAAAUCUACCAGCCGCAGUAUCUUUCCGAGGAGGGCCGCUGGGUAACGGACCUCAGCAAGAAGACAACCGGCGCCACAUGUUUGCGUGAUAAAAUGGAUUUGCUUGAUUACUGCAAGAAGGCCUACCCGAACCGAGAUAUAACCAACAUUGUGGAGUCAUCGCACUACCAGAAGAUCGGCGGCUGGUGUCGCCAGGGUGCUCUGAAUGCGGCCAAGUGCAAGGGCUCCCACCGGUGGAUCAAGCCAUUCCGUUGUCUCGGACCAUUCCAAUCGGACGCCCUGCUGGUACCCGAGGGCUGCCUCUUCGACCAUAUCCACAACGCCUCCCGCUGCUGGCCAUUCGUGAGGUGGAACCAAACCGGAGCAGCCGCCUGCCAGGAGCGCGGCAUGCAGAUGCGCAGCUUUGCCAUGCUCCUGCCCUGCGGCAUUUCGGUCUUCUCCGGCGUGGAGUUCGUCUGCUGUCCCAAGCACUUCAAGACCGAUGAAAUCCACGUGAAAAAGACCGACCUGCCGGUGAUGCCACCAGCCCAGAUAACCAGCACCAACGACGAACUAGUGGUCAACGACGAAGACGACAGCAAUGACUCGAACUACUCGAAGGAUGCCAACGAGGACGAGCUGGACGACGAGGACGAUCUGAUGGGCGACGAUGAGGAGGACGAGAUGGUGGCGGAUGAGGCAGCUGCUGCAGGCGGAAGUCCCAGCACCGGAUCCUCCGGCGAUGCCAAUAGCGGAUCUUUGGAUGACAUAAACGCAGAGUACGAUAGCGGGGAGGAGGGUGACAACUACGAGGAGGACGGAGCUGGCUCCGAGGCCGAGACGGAAGGCGAGGCCUCCUGGGAUCAGAGCGGUGGAGCCAAGGUGGUGGCCACGAAGGGCGGUGCCUCGUCCCCGUCCACCGUCUCGGUUGCACCAGCCUCCGAGAAGACGCCCCUUAAGUCCGACUUGGUCACGAGCACUCCUCAGCUUUCUGCCGCCGCCGCCGCCGCCGCCGCCGCUGCAGCAGCUGCCAAUUCUGGAAACUCGGGAGCUGGAGCACCACCAUCCACCGCCCAGCCCACCUCGGACCCGUACUUCACCCACUUCGAUCCGCACUACGAGCACCAGAGCUACAAAGUAAGUCAGAAAGAAGCCCAACAGCGCCUUGAGGAAUCGCAUCGCGAGAAGGUCACGCGCGUCAUGAAGGACUGGUCCGAUCUGGAGGAGAAGUACCAGGACAUGCGCCUAGCCGACCCCAAGGCAGCCCAAUCGUUCAAGCAGCGGAUGACGGCCCGCUUCCAGACUUCUGUUCAGGCACUCGAGGAAGAAGGCAACGCCGAGAAGCACCAGCUGGCCGCCAUGCACCAGCAGCGCGUUCUGGCCCACAUCAACCAGCGGAAGCGCGAGGCCAUGACAUGCUACACCCAGGCCCUGACCGAGCAGCCGCCAAACGCUCACCAUGUCGAGAAGUGCCUGCAGAAGCUGCUGCGCGCCCUGCACAAGGACCGUGCCCAUGCUCUGGCUCACUACCGCCACCUGUUGAACUCCGGUGGACCCGGUGGCCUGGAAGCGGCUGCUUCGGAACGACCUCGCACUCUGGAGCGGCUGAUCGACAUCGAUCGUGCCGUCAACCAGUCUAUGACCAUGCUCAAGCGCUAUCCGGAACUAUCGGCGAAGAUUGCCCAGCUAAUGAACGACUAUAUCCUGGCAUUGCGUAGCAAGGACGACAUUCCCGGCUCCUCGUUAGGCAUGAGUGAAGAGGCAGAGGCCGGCAUCCUGGACAAGUACCGCAUCGAGAUCGAGCGCAAGGUGGCCGAGAAAGAGCGACUUCGGCUUGCCGAGAAGCAGCGCAAGGAGCAGCGGGCCGCAGAGCGGGAGAAACUGCGUGAGGAGAAGCUGCGCCUUGAGGCCAAGAAGGUGGACGACAUGCUGAAGUCGCAGGCCGCCGAGCAGCAAUCCCAGUCGCCACAGUCGUCGACCCAAUCGCAAGCGCAACAGCAGCAGCAGGAGAAGAGCCUGAGCAGCAAGGAGCUGGGUCCCGACGGCGGAUUGGUCACAGCGGCCAAUCUGAACUUGGACACCACCAAGAGCGAGAAGGAGCUAUCAGAUACUGAGUAUGCCGAGGCAACAGUGAGCAGCACCAAGGUGCAGACCGUGCUGCCCACGGUCGACGAUGAUGCCGUCCAGCGGGCGGUGGAGGAUGUGGCCGCUGCCGUCGCUCACCAGGAGGCCGAGCCGCAGGUGCAGCACUUCAUGACCCAUGACCUGGGCCACCGCGAAUCGGUAUUUGAGCUGCGGCGUCAACUCGUACCGCAUUUGCCUAAAGCCUAUCCCCUCUCUCUCUCUCCCCUUUCGUUGCAGAGCUUCUCGCUGCGCCGCGAGUUCACGCAGCAUGCGCACGCGGCCAAGGAGGGCCGCAACGUCUACUUCACGCUCUCCUUCGCCGGCAUCGCCCUCAUGGCGGCCGUCUUCGUGGGCGUGGCUGUGGCCAAGUGGCGGAUAUCGCGCUCGCCGCACGCCCAGGGCUUCAUCGAGGUCGAUCAGAACGUGACCACACACCAUCCCAUCGUGCUGGAGGAGAAGAUCGUGCCCAACAUGCAGAUCAAUGGGUACGAGAACCCGACCUACAAAUAUUUCGAAGUGAAAGAGUAAGCGGGACGGCAAGAGGGGCGCGGCUGGCUAGAGCGAGAGCGGGAACGCGAACGCGAGGGAGCGAGAGGCACACAUCAACAGAGGAGGCAGGAGCAACAGCAGCAGCAGCAGCAACCACAAUUUCAAAAUGGAAAAACUUAAGCAUAAUAUUAAAAGCGGAGGCAGGAAGAGACAUGAUUUUUUUUUCGUCAAAAGGAGCGCAGUUCCAAUAAGGAGAAUUGAGGGAUAGAAGAUGAUGAUGAUGAUGAAGAAGAAGAGUAAAAAGAAGAAGAAGAAGAGGGAAGAAAAAUUCAAUGAAUGGUAAUAUAUCUAUAUAUUAAAUUAAAGCAAGCAAGCAGAAAGGCAAGAAUAUAAAGCAAGCAAUUAAAUUUAAGUAUUUGAAUGUUUAACAAAAUGCAGUAAACAUCCUUUCUAGCUCUCUUUCUCUCUGUCUCACUCAACCACUCUGUCCCUUUCUGACACCCACACAUACACCACACACACACACACACACACACAAUCCCCACUUUGUGGUCCUUGUUGGGCGCCAUCAAGAGAGGAGAAUACUAAUAGCCAAAGAGGCAAGCGAAAGUCCGUGCACAAGGUAGCUCGGAGUAAACAAUAAGAAGGAGAAAUGAAAGGCGAGAAGGCAAGGAUCACACGCACACCAGACACCCACACACACACGCAAAAGAGAAAGGAUGAGCAGGCAAGAGGAGCAUAAAAAGAGAGCAGAAGAAAAGCAAAACAAAAGAUAUUCCUAGUAAAUAAAUUGUCAAAACACACACACAUACACACAAAUACAUUCCCACACUGACUUCCUUAUGGAUUCAGGAACACUCAUACUUACAGAUUAACAUACACACACACACACAUGCACUCAUGGCUGCUUCGUAGCAUACUUUUGAGCGUUUCGUGGCGUUGAAAUGCUUGCAAGCCGAUCGCAAUUCUUACUGGAAAACUUAAGCCAUUUAUUAGAGCCGCGCUGAGAGCAAGAAGAAAAAGCAGGACGCAGAGACACAAACAGAAACAGAAACAGAAACACACACACACACACAUUGAGACACAUGUGAACCUAAGAGCUACCUACGCGUACUAAUCUCUAUAUGAACGUGCAUAUGCGCUUAUGUAUAUGUAUAACUCUCUCUCAAAACCACACACCCGAACACUACCACACACACACACAGACACACAGACACACAAAGGCAACUGCAAAUGCAAAACCCAACAAAUUAUAUAUACACAUAUAUAUAAAUAUAUAUAUAUAUAUACAAUAUAUUUAAAGCAAAGCAAGAAGAAAUGUCCAUAAAUGUAUUUAUGUAUCUAUACACGAGCCACACAACCCAAAGGUCGUAGGUCAGCCAGCUAAGGGCCACAAUUCCGAUGCUUGGCGGGCUAUGAGAUUAAUAUAUGAAUCAGCUACGUAACAGAAACAAUGCAAAACGCUAAGCUAAUUGCAGACAGAAACCAAAAGUAUGAAAAACAAAAAUAUGAAACGAAAAGCGAAAAGCGAAAAACUUUUAGAACUUUUUCUGCAUAUUUUGUGUGUAAGUCGGUGGCAAAAAACCAAAAAACAAAAAAAAAAGAACAAAAACCAAAA